GACCGCGGGGACCUUCUGGAGGUAAAUCUGCAGAAUGGCAUUUUGUUUGUGAAUUCUCGGAUCGACCGGGAGGAGCUGUGCGGGCGGAGCGCAGAGUGUAGCAUCCACCUGGAGGUGAUCGUGGACAGGCCGCUGCAGGUUUUCCAUGUGGAGGUGGAAGUGAAAGAUAUUAACGACAACCCGCCAGUAUUUCCCAUGGCAGUAAAAAAUCUAUUUAUUUACGAAUCCCGACAGCUUGGUUCUCGGUUUUCGCUAGAGGGCGCAUCCGAUGCAGAUAUUGGAACUAAUUCGUUGUUGACUUACAGUCUUGAUUCCAGUGAAUAUUUUGCUUUGGACGUUAAAAGAAAUGAUGAGGAAAUUAAAUCCCUUGGACUGGUAUUGAAAAAACUUUUAAAUCGAGAGGACACUCCUAAUCAUCAUUUACUAAUAUCUGCUGUUGAUGCCGGGAAACCAGAACUCACUGGCACCACUGAAGUGAAGAUCACUGUCUUGGAUGUAAAUGACAACGCCCCAACAUUUGAGAGGUCGGUUUACAAAGUCAGAUUAUUUGAAAAUGCUUCAUAUGGUACCUUAGUAGUGAUCGUUAACGCCUCUGAUUUGGAUGAAGGAGUAAACAAGGACAUUGAAUAUUCUUUCAAUACAGAUGUAUCAGCAGAGAUUCUGUCGAAAUUUCACUUAGAUCAGGUUAGUGGACACAUCAGUGUAAAAGGAAACAUAGAUUACGAAGAAACUAGGUCAUAUGAAAUCCAAAUAGAGGCGACAGACAAAGGAAAUCCUCCAAUGACAGAUCACUGCACGGUUCUAGUGGAAAUUGUGGAUACCAAUGAUAAUGUUCCUGAGUUGGUUAUCAAAUCAUUAUCGUUACCUGUUUUAGAAGAUGCUCCACUUGGCAUGGCCAUAGCCCUGAUCAGCGUGUCAGAUCGUGACUCAGGUGCCAACGGACAGGUGACUUGUCACCUGACGCCACAUGUUCCCUUCAAGCUAGUGUCCACUUUCAAGAACUACUAUUCGUUGGUGCUGGACAGCGCCCUGGACCGCGAGACCAUAUCUGACUAUAAGCUGGUGGUGACCGCCAGGGACGGGGGCUCCCCU